CACUUUGCCGUUUGCUUCUCGCCUCACCUCACCUCACCUUGUCAUCCCGCUUCUCAUCGUCGCGUCUCUUGGUCGCGUUCGUCGCGCGUCCGCGCCACAUAACUUGAAAACUCGCGUCGGAACCCGGACGCGCGAUGCGCACCGUCGGAAUUCGCGAAAUUGUCAAUCGCGCGUCCCCCCAACCUCCUCCGCUCACGAUCGUCCCGAUCGCGGAAGUGAGCGCCGCGGUCAUCGAGCGAGUACGCGCCGCGACACGCGAUCGGCAAUAAAAUUUAUAUAUUUAUCUUGACAUGUCUCUCGGUGCGCGCACCGAGUACCCGAUCGUCGGAUUCAGCGCCGAGCGCCUCGUAUUCACGCCUAAAAGUACAUCGAGCGAAUCGCAGUCUCGUUGAAGUAUACAUAUUCGCCGCCCCCCCCCCCCCCGGUCGGGAACGUCGGCUACGUCGUCGCAACGACAAUUUUUUCACGGGAUACGGCACGCGAACACGAAAAAAAAAGAAAAAAAAAGUGUCACACGUUCCGGUGGGCUCCGAAUUUUUGGGUACCGGAAGUGCUACAAGUGUGACCGGCAGUGUGACCGAGUGAGACCGGAAGUUCGAGAUCCUUAUCACGGGAUACGAGGAAUUUGGAAUUGAGAGGAUGAACAACGCACGAGCCGAGUAAAACGCUCGCGGCAGACAACGACACAGAGAGAAAUCAAAGAAGGGAAGCGAUGGUCGUGGAGUGGCUGUGCCCCGGACUUAGGCCGACCAGGAGCAACAGGCCUCGUCUUUUGCACUGCAAAGUGAUACUUCUGGACGAGCACGAAUUGCUGCAGGAUGUUUUGAGUUCGAACCUAGGUCAGGAAUUACUGGAUAGAGUGUUCAAACACCUUAAUUUAUUGGAAACUUCGUACUUCGGUCUGCGCUAUCUCGAUCACAGAAAUCAAACGCAAUGGCUCGAUCAGAGCAAAAAGCUCGGUAAACAAUUAAAAAUUCAUAAAGGGGAUCCCGGCUCGGACGUUCACACUCUCUAUUUUGGCGUCAAGUUUUACGCGGCGGAUCCGUGCAAGCUCAUCGAGGAAAUCACCAGAUACCAAUUCUUCCUGCAAAUAAAACAGGACAUUCUGCAAGGGAGACUGCCCGUGUCCUUCGACUUGGCCGCCGAGUUGGGCGCUUAUGUUGUUCAAUCGGAGCUCGGUGAUUAUGACCCGAGACGACACUCGCCCGGAUACGUCACCGAAUUUCGAUUUCUCGCCAACCAAACCGCCGAACUGGAGAAUCGUAUAGUAGAAAUCCACAAAACUCUUAUAGGACAAUUACCUUCUGCAGCGGAAUUAAAUUAUUUAGAUAAAGUAAAAUGGCUGGAAAUGUAUGGAGUGGAUUUGCAUCCUGUGUUGGGUGAGGAUAGCGUGGAAUAUUUUCUCGGUUUAACACCGAGCGGAAUAAUACUCUUGCGCAACAAAACCAAAGUUGGAAAUUAUUACUGGCCCCGGAUUAAUAAAAUCUAUUAUAAGGGCAGAUAUUUCAUGUUGAGGGUGAGCGAGAAAAAUUCCGAGGAGAGAACGCACGGCUUCGAGACACCGUCGAAGGGAGCUUGCCGUCACCUCUGGAAAUGUUGCUUGGAACAUCAAGCGUUUUUCCGACUGAUGGCAACCGGACCGCCGCCCUUGAGUCCGUACUCACGCUUUCAUUCGUACAGUCCACCGUCCACUCUGGAGAAACACUCGGCCAUUCGACGAAAUCCGCCGCCGUUUCAGAGAACUCCCAGUCGCCGAGCUCAGAGACGGGUCGUCGAGGGUCAAGAAAUGGUCGGCUCGUACAUCGAAACCCCCGCUACUGUGAUCCCGAGCCCGUCGAGCAACAAUCUGUCGAGCAACAUUCUGUGUAAUACGCAGAGACAGGUGAACACCUCGAGUCCGAGAAGCACGAGAAGCGCGCCUUGGACGCAGAGUCAGCCUCGUGGUCUUUACACCUCGUCUAGUCCUCGCUCCGUUCGCUCCGCGGGAACGGCACCGGCACUCUUAAGUAGACUUCAACGUCGGAGCAGCUCCGUGGAGAGUCAAAGCUCGGGGGACAGUCACAGUCGCAGCGGUCAUCGUAGAAGAAGUCAUAGUCACAGUCAUCGCCGACACAGCCGACACUCCGACUGCGAGUCCGAGCUCUCGAGGAGUUCGGAUACGAGAUCGGGUCAUCGAAAACAUCGCAGGAAACACCGGAGUUCCCGUUCUUCCAGACACGAACUGAUAGAUUCGGAGCCGCAGUGGAGAGAAGCGCAGAAACGAAAAGGGGAAGGCGUGCAAAAAGCUAUCGUGAGUCACACGGAGCCUAGGAGAAGACACAGAAGCAGACACCGAAGUCCGCAAAAACAGCCGUUGCCGGAUGAACUUCGAAAACAUUUGGAAUUUGGCCUAGUCGACACAAGCGGGAUGAGCGAGCAGCAACGUCGUGAAAUAUCUUAUACGGUAGUGCAAUCGCAAUCCGUACAGCAAUCCCUUUUACAGUCCAACAAUUCCCGAUUGGACGACACAGACUCAUCGUCCCUGCCUAGAACUGUCGGAUCCGUCGGCAAACGGGAAAGAAGAACUUUGCGGCAUCAUAAUUGUGACGGAAGUUUUAACUUGCUUGCGGCAACAUCCGGUCGGGUCGAGGCAAAAUUUCCCGAAGCUCGAAACGAAUGUAGCACGAAGAGGGACUUUUAUUAUACUCGUAACUGCAGAGUGUCUAUAGGCAAUAAUACCGACAGCGGACUCGGGGAAAGCACGCCGCAGGAGUUUUCAAGCUGCUGCUCAAGCUCCGCCGACAGCAAUAAACCCAUCCACGUAACACAAUUGCAAUUAGGGGGGAAGGUACGCUAUGAACUGCCCUCAAAUCAAGAAAUCUACCCUCCUGUUGACACUACUCUGGAUGCUGUUCUUCAGCCCAUUAUAUCAACAUUAACGAGGAGGCAACGAAGCUACCCAAAACAAUAGCAAAACUUUAAUACAAAAUAAAUCAGUUUUAUAUUAACAUGUUGUAUA